AUGAACAUGAUUGAGACAGUCUUAACAGAUCUGGAAACUGAUAAGCAGUUUUUAACACAAGGUUUACAGAAGGCACAGAAGGCAUACACAGAAAAAUGUAAAAAACCAAACCCAUCAAAGAAAGUACUUAUGGAACUUUCGUGGGAGAGAGUCGAAUAUAGUGAACUGUUACAACAAUGUCAGUGUCUGCUUUCUUAUGUUAAAACAUUGAAAGUCUCUGUUGGUCAAAGUUCUCAAGUGUUGCAUGUACAGAAGAGCGUGUGUGAAAAGACAUCUGAUUGGGAGAAAUAUAUGAGGAAUUUGUUUAUAAAAAGACGACAACCAGCAGCAAUUCAUGUUUUCAUCUUUCUACUAUCUGAUGAAUGUCGCAACAAGAAACCGUACUGUCUACCAAUUCAGUAUUGUUUUCAAGGUGUAUUAUUAGUAGAGGUAAUCAUGCGAUGGCGAGUACAAUUAGGGAUUAAUAGUACGAGUGAUGUUUGGAAAUUUUGCCAAAAUUGGACGAGUCGCCGUACUUGUUUAUUAUUAGCAGCAUGACAAAAUUGGAUACGUACUUCUUAAUGUCAACAUCAUAUUCUCUAGCCGAAGCCCAGUCCUGCCAGACUUUCAACCAAAAUUUAAUGCCUUUGUUCGUAUUUUCAUCUACUUCCUCUACAGCAAUUUCAUUUCACGCUUGUGUUUAAUGUAAAAUACGUUUCCGCCAUUUUGUUUGUUUUUUGUUUGUACUGCAGUACAAUUAAUGAAAUAACUGUACUCUCAACCAAUCAGCAUCCAGUAAUUUUGUCAUGCUAAUAAUAAAUUUAAUUAACACAGAAAUAUUUGCAUAGCAUGACCAAACUGUUGGGCUGGCUUUGCCACUAUGAGUAAAUAAUUAUUAAUAUUAUUAUCACAUAUUAUUAUUAGGUUUUGUCACUGAUGGGAAAUUCAACAGCUUGAGAACAAAAGGAGAGAAACGCCCAUUACAUGUGGUGCAACUGAUACGAAAUGCUCGUGAAAGUGUCAGCAAAAAGUCCAAAGGAUUUUUAUUGAAGUUGAUUGUGAGAACAGGAGGUAAUGCACUCAUAACUCCAUAAUUAUCUAGUAAUCUUUUUCCCCCAAUGCGACCAAUAAUUUUAGUAUAUUUUAAAGUGGAUAGCAUAUUUUAACAAUCAGGAGCCGGUUGUUCAAAGCUAGGGUAGCUUAACCCUAGGUUAACCUUAGGUUAACCUAUCAUUCAAAGCAAUCUUCCUGACAGCUUGUCUAUAAAUUUGGAAAUAUUUCUUCAGAGAUCCUGUCUGGAUCGAUAGGAGUUUACUUCUUUGAAGUUUUGAAAUAUACAGAUGUGUAGAAAUACACAAACUAAAACAGCAGGUUAAAUUUUAACCCAGGAUUAGCGCUAACCCACCUUUGAACAACCGGCCCCAGAAGAAUAAGAAUUAACAGUACAGUAAGUACAAGAUGAAAUGAAGUACAAGAUGAAAUUAAUUGUGACAUGCAUGUAUUUAACUUAAUUUCCUGCAUAUUAACCGUAUUUUACUUAUGCUAAACAGCUGUAUCAGGAUUAUGUAUACAAUAUAAAUGUGUAUGAAAAAUUUGUUACGCGAAAUGUGUGUGCAUACGUAUUAACAGAUGAAAGGUUUAGGUGUUGGAUAAAUUAACUGUAACUUCAUUUAUCUAUUUUCAGUUGAUGAUGAUGGGAAGCCUGUGACAGAAAAAGCAGAUCCAGCAAUACCUUCUGAUGUUAUCAACCUAUUGCAUAACUUGAGACAGGAUGGAUUAAGUUUAUUUGAGGCUCUUAAAUGCAUAAGGAUGUCCUUAGUACCAGAAGGAUAUGAACCCUAUCCCUUCAGAAAUGGAGUAGAAGAAAGCCAGGAAGAUAUGCUUAAGUCUAUUAUCGGAACAUAUCGAUUCAGGGAUACUGUCUCCAAGUAUGUGUCAGUUGGUGUAGAUUUUUCUACCUAUAUUUACAUUCCAGAGAUUGAUGAUGAGACUGGUGAAGCUUUUCAUGAACGGGAAGAUCACUGCCACAUUCUCAAACGCAUUUGGAAGCACACAAGAGAAGGACCACCUGGAACUAACUUGCAAGGUUUUGAUGAUGCAAUGCGUAAUCCUGGCACUGGAUUGACAUUUGCAGCUCUUACUGGCAAGAGAAAACAAUCUGUGGUUGAUGCAGAAAGAAUGUUGUCGUUCCUUGUUGCCAAGUUUCUUAGUGAAAAUGGUUAUGAAAAGGAAGGAGAAUACAUCAAUAUUGUUGCAGGAUGGCAUGAGGCUGCAGAUGGCAGAGGACUUUCUGAGCUGGAGAGAUGCAAGAAAAACUAUGCUAUGCUUAACAUGAUUCUGGAUGACUGGAUGCCAUGGCAUAAAACAACACCUAAUUUUGCUACCAUCGACAUUAACAGGUAUACAUGAAUUCUAUAAAAUUUGAUAGCAAGGUAUUUAUUGAUGUUCAAGUGCAUGUAAUACAAAAGUGCAGAAAAUUGCAACAAACGCAGAUUUCGUAUCAUGUUCAUAAAAAAAUGUUGCAUGUACAUCAUAUUGGGGAGGGGAUCAAUUUUAACAAGACAAAAAUACUGUAGCCAAUUACAGUAUGAAGGUGUUAAAGUAAAACUAUUUUGGUUUUUUAGACCAAUCAAAGGAAUUUGUGGAUUUUCAAGAGAGACUGUGAUCGCUGUAACUACCAACAUUGAAAGCAUUGAGUAUCGCAGAAGAGAAAGUGGUAGAAUUGGAUAUCCCGAACAUCCUAGAGCUGGCACUUCAGAUGAUGUAGAGGCAUUCAUCUCCUUGUUGCACGGUUUUCUUGGCAAUAUAUUUACAGUGAAAGAGAUGAAAUCAUUGUGGAGGAAAGUUGUAAGGUAAAUUGAAUGGUAGCACGAGAAACUGUUUCUGUAAAUACACUCUGCUACUGAUAAUAUGCUAUGACCUGUUUGUUUAAGUGCAUUUACAUAAUAUGGCACCAAUUGGAAUUAGUAAAUGUAAUAAAUGUCCAUUCCAUAUGUAGCUGUUCUCAAUUAGCAAACAUACAUGAUAAACAGGAACACAGAUGGAAACUAUGAUAUUAUGUUUCAAUAUUAUGUAUUAUAUGUGAUCCUUUUGUGGUAAAAUACUGUACAAUUUAAAACAACUUUUUGUUAUUUAUUGUUUUUCGUCUCUACCUUAGGGAGUAUUGCAAACGAAUUGAUGAAGAUUUGCCAUUUUAUUACUGGACAAGUAACGAACGGUUCAGAGAGUUUGGUGACCCCAUGCCGAGCUUCAACGAAGUCGAGGAAGUCCCAGAUGACAUUGAUGCAGCUGACGACCCAUGCCGCCUUCACAGCUUAACUGUCAACAGACGAGAAGACUCUUCCAUCUUCGCAGCAGGACGUCUCUCUUUGCCAGUGCGUAACCUAACUACUGUUCGCCAUCGGCUUCACAGACCUGUCGUUGAACCUCCUUUACUGGAAGCAGCAAUCGAAUGA